UGGUUGGCUACCUCCCAGCACUAAAAGGGGAAGGGUCGAUGGCAAAUCAGGAGCCUGAGACUGACAGUCCCCAGGAACAAUGGGGAGAGGCCAAUGCUCCAGAUCAGCCUGAUUGACAGGGUGGGCAGGCUAAUCAGGGAGUCAGGAGGCCAGAGGGGGUCCCGUCCUCCGUGUGAACUGGAAUGGCCUGAGUCAGACAGAGUGGGGCCAAGCUAAGGAGAGAGCAGGGGCCCGAGCUGAGCUGCUGGGAGCAGAGCUGCAGCCCCAAAGCCAGAGCACAGCCCAGAGAGAGCAGACCUGCCCUGGGAACAGAGCUGCAGCAACCAGAGCCAGAGGGGCCAGACAAGCAGCCGGGAAGCAGGUCAGAGCUGGGAGCAGAGUCACAGAAGCAGCCUGCACAGCAGAGCUGUCCUGGGAGCAGAGCUGCAGCAACCAGAGCCAGAGAGGCCAGAGAAGCAGCCCAGGGAGCUGGAGGCAGAGCACAGCAGCAGCCGUGCUGAGGCAGAGUGGAGCCGGAGCUGGGGCUGGAGCCGUGUGCAGUCCGAGUGCGGUGAGCAGCUGGGGAGAGUGAGGGGGACCCUGGGCAGUGGGCCCAGCACAGGGAGACGCCUCAGCCAAGAGGCUCUGCAGGCCAGACUUGCAGGGGGAUCAUAACCCCGACGGGGCAGGGGCGACGCUGGGAAGAAGGGUCCUGCCACCUAGAGCCUGAGAGUGUGUGGUCACCACCAGAGCAAGUGUCCAACCCACAGCGUCCCUGCAGCACAGCCAGGGCCUGAGAAGGAGCCUGGGACCUACAAGGAGCAGACUGUGAGCUGCGCUGACGUUCCAGAGACACUGUUUGUAAUGUUCCCUGCCAGAGAGCAGGGUGAUGUGUUUUCCUUUAACCUUUCCCAUUUUUCCUUAUUCUUUUUUAAAAUUAAUUGUUAAUUAAACAACUUGUAUUUGCUUUAAAUUGUAUGAAAUGAUCAGUGGGUCAGGAAGGUACCCAGUGCAGAGAGAGUACCCCGGAGUGGGGACACCCUAGCCCCUGUCCUGGGUGACCACAGCAGGGUUGGGGGUCGAGCCCCCCAGGAAUCCUGGGCCCAGCCUUGUCGGGGUUUACAAGGACACUGCCAGACAGGAGAGUGGAAGGCGAGUCCUCAAGGGCAGGGAGGCCUCUGGGUAAAGGCAGUGGGAGCGAGGACUCGGAUCCUUUCGCUAGCCCACUUCACCAUGGUAGUGCAGAAGCCAGGAAAGUUCCCCACAAUAGCGGGACCAUUCCCCCGCUUACACUUACAAAAUAAAAAACAAACAGCAUUUAUUCUACUAUAGUAAUGGUCUAAAAUGCUGGAGCACUUACAUUAGUUAGUGCAAAUAGUUAAAUGAAUGUUAUAAUCCGAAGAAGUGGGCUGUAGUCCACGAAAGCUUAUGCUCUAAUAAAUUUGUUAGUCUCUAAGGUGCCACAAGUACUCCUGUUCUUCUUUUUGCGGAUACAGACUAACACGGCUGCUACUCUGAAACCUGUUAUAAUACUGUAUAGCUUCAUUAAAGGCUGAAAAUGAAGCGAUGAAAGCUGGACUGUAAUAUGGGUUAAUGCUAGUGAAUCAGCCAAGAAUUAAGUUAAUGAAGAAAUAUAUUAACAUUGCUGUGGAAAUUACAGUUCCACGAGAUUGAUCCCGUAGGAUUAGAGAAAGACUGUGAAAGAGCAGUUGAGUGCAACUGGUAGAUCUACUGGAGGAUGUUUCUUUUUUUUAGUUGUGAUCAGUAAGGUGAAGUAGGUUGCGAGGAGCACGGAAAGCCAGAAUACAUCAUAAGGCAGAGUAGAAGAGAUGAAAGAUAUGAACUGAUAAAUCCACAUCCAUUCCUGGUUAGCAUCAUUAGAAAUUUUCACAAGCAAACAUCCAGAGCCACCUUAAAAAAGCAACAUGAAAGAAACUAAGAAACCAGCUGCAACUGAGAAAUUUUGCUGUAUUUCCAAGUUUAAGGUAUUUCUGCUGGCAUCAUCAUUUGCAUAUAUAGCUAAAACUAUGUCUGGGGCUUACAUGAAUAGCAUGCUCACACAGAUAGAAAGAAGAUUUAAUAUUCCAGCCUCUCUGGUGGGCAUUAUUAAUGGAAGCUUUGAAAUUGGAAACUUGUUGGUGAUAGCAUUUGUGAGUUACUUUGGUGCAAAACUUCAUAGACCAAGAAUAAUUGCUUUGGGGUGCACAGUUAUGUCUUUUGGCUGUCUUUUGAUAUCACUACCUCAUUUUCUCAUGGAACGGUAUCAGUAUGAAACUGCCCUUUCACCAUUAGAGAAUUCUUCAUCAAGCAUGUCCAUGUGUCUCAUAAACCAAAGCCAGUCCUUCACACAUAUGGAGAAACAAUCAGCAGAGUGCGAACAAACGUCUGGGUCCUUGAUGUGGGUGUUUGUGUUGGUAGGAAACAUAAUACGAGGCAUUGGUGAAACUCCCAUCAUGCCGUUAGUCAUUUCAUAUGUGGAGGAUUUUUCCAAAGCAGAAAAUUCACCUUUUUACAUAGGGUGCCUACAGAUAGCAACUGUGAUAGGUCCUUUUCUUGGUUUCAUGUUGGGAUCAUAUUGUGCACAGCUGUAUGUGGAUCUGGGAUUCACAGAUAUAGAGGAGGUGACUAUAACACUUACUGAUGCCCGUUGGGUUGGAGCAUGGUGGCUGGGCAUUCUGAUUUGUGCAUCAGUAAAUCUGCUCGCUGGAAUACCUUUUUGUUUUCUGCCCAAGUCCCUUCCAAAGGAAGGACAAGCAAGUGAGACUGAGUUAUUAAGUAUGAGAAAUGCAUCACUGCUACAAGAGAGAAGUGAAACUCAAGCCAAACGGAAAAUGCGUGAAAUCACUAAAGAUUUCAUCCCAUUCCUCAGGAGUCUGUUUCACAACCCAGUUUAUAUGUUGUUUAUAUGCAUAACUGUGAUGCAGUUCAGUGCUUACAUUGGUAUGAUAACCUUCAUGCCAAAAUAUUUGGAACAACAGUUUGGGAAAUCUGCAUCACAGGCCAUCUUUUUAAUAGCUGUUUACAAUUUACCAGUUAUAUGCAUUGGAUAUUUUCUUGGAGGCUUUCUAAUGAAGAAAUUUAAGAUAAGUACCAUUCAAGCUGCCAACAUAGCCUUUUGGAUCUCUUUAAUUGAAUACCUAAUCUACUUUGCUGCUUAUUUCACGGUCUGUGAAAAUUCUCCAGUUGCUGGUCUAACAGUCUCCUAUGAAGGAGUAGAACAGGUCUCAUACAUGGAAACAACCUUACUUGCUGACUGCAACAGUGAUUGUGAUUGCUCAGUUAAAGUGUGGGACCCUGUCUGUGGGGCGAAUGGAAUAACGUAUGUUUCACCUUGUCUUGCUGGUUGUACAGCUUCAGAUGGAACAAGAAAAUAUACAGUAUUUGAAAAUUGUACCUGUGUUGCAGCUUCUGGAUUUUCAUCUGGAAAUGUCUCUGCGGUUCUGGGCCAGUGUGACAAAGAAGCAAACUGUGACAUGAUGCUUCAUUACUUUUUAAUAUUAUGCAUAGUCUGCAGCUUAAUUUAUUCCUUAGGAGCCAUGCCUGGAUAUAUGGUUUUAAUAAGGUCUCUAAAGCCUGAAGAAAAGUCAUUUGGUAUGGGUAUCCAUACACUUGCUUCAAGAGUAUUUGCUGGAAUUCCAUCUCCCAUUUAUUUUGGAGCUUUGAUAGACUCAACAUGUUUGAAAUGGGGAACUCUGAGUUGUGGUGGUGAAGGAGCAUGUAGGAUGUAUGACAUUGUCACAUACAGAUGGUUCUACCUGGGACUGCCAGCGAUAUUACGUGGAGUGUCCUACAUCCCAUGUGUGUUAAUUCUCCUUAUUUUAAAGAAACAACUUAAAUCUUCUGACGGGAAAACCUUAAAGAGGUCACCAAUGGCAAUGCAGGCCAUAGAAGAGCAAAAUGACUGAACAGAGAAGCAUUCAAGCUCAGACUUUUGCAGGGCACAUCAUGAGACAGCCUCAUAGUGCAAACUUGAACAUAUCUUUACUAAUGAUUGAUGACUGAAACUAGUGAACACUUGGACUGAGACUAAUAUAAUUACACGUAGCUAGUUCUCAGUUCCCUUCUUUAAAAUAUCAUAUAGAACACAGUAGACAGGAAAAAAGUGUGUGAAUGGUAUAAAAGCACUGAAACUCUCAAUAUUAUAAUAACAUAGGAAAUGUCAGAGGCUUGUGAUCUGAGGAUAGUACCGGGAAUCAGCUGAGGUGAAAUCCUGGCUCCAUUGAAGUCAGUGGGACUUUUGCCACGGAGUUCAAUAGGGCCAGGAUUUCAUCCUUGAAUUCUACAUCCAGUUCUGUCACAACCUCACUUUGUGAUCUUAGGCAAGUCAUUUAACUCCCCGUGCCUCAGUUUCCCAAGAUGCAGGUAAUACUUAUUUAUCCUGUUGUGAGGUGUCACAGCCAUGGUCAAAUUCCCCUUGCUGGACACUCACAGCUUGCUGUUUUUGGAUGCCAGCACUGGACCUGUGUACUUCUGGCUUGCUGAGUCCAAGCAGGAUCCAGGCAAUGCCUCUGGCUUUGGGUCUCUAGGUAGACACUCAGAGUACAGAUCCUACAUUUAGCACUUAUUUCUGAGAACUGGGACCUUGCAGCCAACUGCUUCGGUCUUGAGACUAGUGCCAGCUCCCUGGGUAGCUUAAGCACACCUUUCCCAGAGCUCCAACCUUGCAAGCAGUUUACAGUUUACCUCUUCAGGGACACAGUGCAAAUAGACAGAGAUUACAGAAGCAUUUCUAACACACUGACUUUUUUCUGUAGACAGCACAAAAGAUACAUAGAUUUAGGAAAAUAAGACACUCUUCCACAUGAAUCCCUGUCUUAUUUCCUCACCACUCUUGAGAUUUCUUUGGGAUGUGAGUCGGUGUCCUUCAGGGUCCAAGGGGGUCUCCUCUGCUGGGCCAUAAUCCUCCAGUUCAUGACUUUCCCUUCAAAUCAUAGAGUCUCUCUGACCUCUGCAGUCCGUUUUCUUCAGCUUUGGCUGGUCCCACAGUCAACAGGUCCCCUCUCCCUCCUAAAGCCUGUCCCUUUGUUUCUCUCUUCGAGUCUCUCUGUAUUUUUAAAAGGCUGUACCAACACCUCAGUCUCUUUGUUCUCCCUCUAGGGAAAUUCUACUGCUCCUCUCCCCAGUCCCUGUAGACAAGUCAUGUUCAAUUGGAUCUCUUAGACUUCAGCCAUCACACUGUUUUAAGGUGCUCUCAUUUGAAUGUGAAGUAUGCGUGUUAUUGACUCUCCAUUGUCCCUGGUCUGGAAGGGAUGUGACACCAACCCUGAUAGCAUAUGGCUGACUUAACAUCCACUAAAGUAUUCAAUGAUAUAGCUGCUGCUGCUUCAUCCCCUUAUCCCAUCAACCAGGGUUGAGUUAUCAUGCAAGUAUCAGCCAUCUACAUCUGUCUGAAGUGGCACUAAGGUCCAGCUGUUUACCAUCUUCUUUGAUGAAAUCCACCCAACACUUGUUCAGCUUUCCUUGGGGUCUCUUUCCUACCUCCCUUUCCUCCCCUGCUGUCUUCACUAGGUCCCCUCCAUUCAUCCUCUGCAUGUGUCCAAACCAGUAAAGUUGCUGUCUUUUAUGAUAUUGGGCUUCAUUGCCUGCGCAGGUCACUGCUUUUUGUCUGACUCUUUGCUCUGACUGCUACUCCCCCUGACCCUUUGGAGGUCAGUUCAGAUGCUGGGUGCCAGAAAUCCUAUUGGCCAGUGACUGCCAGACUUAAGGCGGGUAAACUUCUGGUUUAGACAUGAAACACACUCCCACCAAUAGCAGUAGUCCCUCGUGGAGAAGCAUACUGGCCAGCCUCACUCCUCAUUAUAACCAGUAUCUAUUACAGCCCUUUGAUAACUUGCCACAAAAAGAAAGAAAACCGCUUGCACCAACCUAGUCAUCUUGUGCCAGAGACUGUAGUGAGUUGGCUGAGGGCCUUUCUCCAUUUAGACUAAGUACUUGCUCAUUCUCUUCUCACCUUGUUGCCUUAGACCUGGUGGACCGUUAACAUGAGGUACUAGUGUUGCCUGUUACCCAAUAGCAGGUUUCAAAACAUGGAUGGGUUUUCCUUCUCCUAGGUAGUCUGCCCACCCAGCUAAGGGACCUCACCUACCCUGAGCUCUCUGGUUAUUUUAAAGGCACCAGAUAUUUGCUUUUCACACCCUCACUUUUAGUAAAAACAUAUGAUGGGAAAUCAGUGGCUACUGUAGAUACCAGCUUUUUUUAGGCAUUUUAUAGAUUCUGGGAGGUCAUUGCCAACCCCACUCUGGCCAGAACAGCCCCUUUGGGAAGCACAUUCAGUAAUAUAGCAAUUUUAUAAAAAUCAACCAAAAUUCAUAAAUCGGACAUAGACACAUCACCCCAAAUCAUCACAUGAGGAUUAGUUAAAGUUGUUUGUACAGAGCCUUGAAGAUGAAAAGUUCUCAGCAUUUGUGUGUGUUGUGACAAAUGGGCACACCUAAGGAGGAAAUAAAAAACGACACUUGUGAGGCUUGGUCUACCCUAUAUUGGCAUAGCUGUGUCAGUCAGGGGUGUGUGAAAAAUCAGACCCCUGAUCAACACAGCUAAUGCUAACAAAAACCCCAGCAUUGAUGCAGCCAUGGUGACAGAAGUGUGCUUUUGUUGGCAUAGAGAACAUUGUUGGGGAGGUGGUGUUCCUACACCUGCAGAAAAACUCCUUCUGUUAGCAUAGGCUGUGUCUACGCCAGGGGGCUAUGCCUGCAUAAUAUGCCAACACAGGCACUGUAGUGUAGAGGUAGCCUGAAUUAUACGUAAUAAAAGGGCAAAAUAGCCUUCCUUUGCCAAUUGUAUUGAUGGCUGUGAAAUAGCAAAUUUUCCCAUGUUUUUCCAAUUUGUAUCUGCCAUGGUAAAUGAUAGAAGUCACUAAUUUUUAUUAAUUAUUUUAUAUCUCCCAUAUGGAAGAUGCUCUAGUGACGAUCUGAACUGGAGCUGCCACUAACCAGCUGUCAGAGAUUCGAACUCUAGUGAGCAAGCUCCCCAGCAAUGUCUUAAAAUGUGGAGGGGCAGGGAGGAAGGAGAGAGAGACUUAAAGAUGUCUUGCAUCUCCAUUUGGCAUCUCCUUUGGACAAAGUGAUUUGUAAAUUGCAUCUUUUUUCCCCCCUCCCAUAUCUAAGGCUUGACUUGCCAUAUGUGUUAUCAUUGGAGCUUAAAAUGGAGAGAACUUGCAUGGACAGCAUGACAUCCUAUUAAAAAAUUAUCCAUUUUUAAUGAAUGUAAGCCAAAAUAUUAAAAGUGAGGGAAAAGCUCAGCUUAGUCAUGUGUUUGCGUGUGUGCGCAUGUUCGUGAGAGCCUUUGAAAGUGUAUGUAAAGGGCACCACCAGUUUAUAUGUACUUUUUGAAUAUAAAAUAUAUUUACAAUCUCUG